AUGGCCACUCAGUUUCAGAAUAUUGAACAGGAGAUGAAGGGCCUAGCGACCGAACUGGCCACCCUCCGCCUGCCUCACAAGCUCAAUCAGUAUCGAGUUUACGAGAGGAAGCUUCGCUCGGUGGAGAAACAGAUCAAGGAGGUCGCUGAAAGUGAUGAUAACCUCCAAAAACGUCUUGAAGCAGAACUCACCCAGCUGCAGUCAACCCUGGACCGAGCGGUCCUCUGCGGCGUCAGCCAGUGCUUCAUUUGUGGAGGCAACAAUUCCGAUGUUCAACUGGGAUCACCAAAGAAGUUUCCAACCACCGUCGCCUACAGUCGUUCCGUUUCCGCUCACGCAAACUACGCUAACAAUCAGCAGAGGGGAAAACUUCCGUUUGAAAACGGAAGCAGCAGAAACAGUAAUCGACAGUACGGCACGCAGAUUAGCUACCACGGAAAGGUGGGAAAUAAUGUUGCUGAAAAGGGAGUUUCAUCACCCCCACCACCACCACCGGACAUUGUGCCCACACUGUUACCCUCACCUCAGCAACAGCAUCCAACUGUGACAUCUUCUCCUUCACCAAGUCUAUCGCCAAGUAGAUCACUGACGCCCUCGCCGAGUCCCUCGCCGACGCCCUCUUCACCGGCGCCGACGGCGUCGCCGCUUCCGCUUCCGUUUGAGGGCAAUGAUGAAAAGGAAAAGGAGACGAGCAAUGAUACAUCUGCUGCAAAAGAGGUAGUAAUUCCAUUAGAAAAUGGUAAAAGUAGCAAUGAGAAUAUAGGCAAAGGCACUUCAGUUGAGGUUGCGCUGUCAACCCCAGAGAAGACGACGACGACGACGACAACGACCACCACAAAAAUCAGCACUCCACCAGCAUCUCCAAAAAUAGCUAGGACGGCAAGUCCAA